AUGUUUCUGCAUCGGACAACUGUAAUCGAGAGUUUGCUUGACCUAUCGCGUUUCUCCAACUGGAAUCGACUACUAAGGACAACUGCGUAUGUGUUUCGGGCAGUAGCAAUCUUCCACAAUCAACGAACUACGAGCGGACACUACAGAGUACUGCAGAAAGAAGAAUUUGCAAAGGCAGAGGCAGCGAUAAUGCGCCAAAUACAGGCUGAAGCAUUCCCAGAUGAAGUCGCUUUAUUGAGCAGUAGCGCCGAGAAGCAAAUUGUGUCCAAGUCCAGCCCAAUAUACACAUUGACGCCGUUCUUAGACGACGAAGGUGUCAUACGGAUAGGCAGCCGCACAGAGAAAGCAUCUAACCUCGCUUAUGAAGCAAAGUAUCCCGUUAUCCUUCCUAAGAACCACACUGGUACUACACUUUUGGUAAAUAGCUUUCAUCGAAAAUAUCUCCACGCCAAUGGAGAAACGGUACUCAAUGAAAUUCGCCAGCGGUACUAUAUACCCGGCCUUCGAACAGUGAUUCGCAGAGUCACGCGUGAGUGUCAGCUGUGUAAGGUGAAGAAAGCAGUUCCUCGUCCUCCGAUGAUGGCACCGCUUCCAAGCGUUCGGCUUACGCCAUUCAUCCGGCCAUAUACUUUCCUGGGAGUUGAUUACUUCGGACCACUGGAAGUUAAUUUAGGAAGAGGAGUAGCUAAGAGGUGGGUGGCCCUAUUUACGUGCCUCACUAUUAGGGCAGUACAUUUAGAAGUCGUGCAUAGCCUCUCUACGGUAUCCUGCGUGAUGGCAUUCCGUAGAUUUGUAGCACGAAGAGGCGCGCCAGUAGAAGUAUAUUCCGACAAUGCUACGAACUUUGUUGGUGCGAGCCGUCAACUGAUUGAAGAAAUACGAGGGAUCAAUAAAGAUUGUGCAGCCACCUUCACGAAUGCGCAUACUACAUGGAGAUUCAAUGUGCCUGCGGCACCGCAUAUGGGAGGUCCGUGGGAACGAAUGGUUAGAUCCGUGAAAACUGGGAUGAAAGCUAUAACGGAAUCAACGCGACAUCCAAAUGACGAAACUCUGCAAACCGUACUCCUGGAGGUAGAAUCUGUGGUAAAUACACGUCCGUUAACUUAUAUUCCGCUGGACUCAGCUGAACAUGAAGCGCUCACUCCGAAUCAUUUUCUACUGUACGGAUCGAACGGAAUUAAACAACCAGCAUCUGAACCUGUGGACAGCGGAUCUGCUUUUGCGGAGUAG